GGUACAGGGAGUAUAAAACCUGACCUACAUGGUAUGGUGAAAACCGCGACAUUUAUGAAAUCCAUAAUCCUCUUCGCCAUUCUAUCUGGAAUCGUACAUGGCACAUCCGAAGACAAUGUUAAGCUUCAAUACUACGAGGAUGGGAUCUUGAAAAUAUCGGAGACUGACCCUCAGGAGGGGGCGUAUGCCCACCUGGGGGUACACCCACAUUGGUGUCUAGGCAACAUCCACAAAUGUGUUAAUGGAAUCACUGUUGACUUUUGGAUAAAUGCCGCCCCUGUCACCGAGGACUCGUCAGAGAUAGUCCUUUUUACCUCCGGUGGAAACUUCUACUUCUCAGACGGUUUGUAUCUAAUUCAACGGUUCGGAGAUCAGUAUGAGUUUGGAGUCUCUCAAAGGGAACAUGUCUGGAAAAUUAAGUUUCGCCUAUUCGCUGACACAUGGGUUAACAUUCAUGCUGAAUGGGAUCCAUCGAAUGGUCUGACGCUUGUCGUGGAUGGUUCCAAAUGGUCACAGUCUACACCAGAGAGAAGAGAAUACUUUCCCGAACUGUUUGACAGUUUUGCAGAAGUUGUCGUUGGACUUACAGGUGACGGUAUGAUACUCAUUCAAGACGAAGUGUUCAAAAUACGGCACAUUAUCAUCCACAACAAACGAAUCAACUCUACCAUCGAGGACGACAAUUUUGUGCACACUUUGGCAUAUCCCGGCUGUGUUCCAGAAACGGUAGACAUUGGAAACUUCAUUGCUGUCGAUUUAUUCGGAGAGGAACACCCCGUGGAGAUCUGCCGUAAUUUGUGCAGCGAUAAACUCGGCAUUGCUCUUGUAAAGAACGGUACCUUGUGCUCAUGCACAAACCGUGACAUACUAUCCAAAAUUGAUAAAGGGAAUGGCUCAUGUGGCAGUGACUCUGUAUGGCAGGUUUUUAGUGCGUCCGGUGUUAACGAAGACAACCCAUACUCGAUGACGGUGAGCGUAAACAAACUGCAGACACGGGACUAUGUCAAACCGAUGGAAACUGUCGUUAUUGAGAUCAAACCCAACCACAUAGCCAAGACCAGCUACGAAGUGGAUUGUGGGGACGGCGUCGUCUUUGGUACAGACCUGACCUCUGUAAACUACUUCUGGAAGGAUGCGGGCGAACACACCAUCACUGUCCGCUCCCGGGUCGGUAUUCUAUCAUUUGAAUCCCAUCUCAGUUUUGAGAUACGAGACGUUGAUGAAAAUACGGCUCCCGAAAUGGUUGUGUUGCUUGGCUAUCAUGAUGAAAAACGACAAUUAUACGGCAAUUUUGACUUGUUUGUGACCGAUCCUGCCGAAUUAUCAAGGUGCGCAAUAGACUUCAUCGAUAAUAACGAUCUGAGUUACAACUUCGAAAACAAAUAUUUUUACCAUGAAAAGUUCGAUCAUAUGUUUACCACUUAUGGACAGUCUAUAGUUACAGCUCAAUGUAAUAACAAAUACGGGGCUAAUUCUACGUCUUUGAUGUUCCUUUCGAAACGGUUCGAUGUGCCAUUCUCUUAUAAAGUACUGGGCGAAGCGUUUGACGUGUCGGUGACUGGAGGACAAGUAUUUGUCUCUGAUAUUGGAGUCGUGCGUAAUUAUGAUAAGCCCGUGGCGGUAAACAAGACAGGCCAGAAUAUAACAAUACCUCCAUCUCUCCUUAAACCAUUUGAAAACAUUAUUUCGUUAGAACUUGAUGGCGAAAUAUUUCAUGAAACAAUGCUCUUCAUGGAAAACGUUCCAACUAACGCCUCCAUAUUACCCGACUACAGAGAAGGGGCGUGGAAUCUGACGACCAAUAUCACUGUUUUAGUGCCCCCUGGUAACAACAUGUUUGUCACGUGCACCUUUGGACUGGGAGAAGAAGUGUCGUUCUACAUUUAUGAAGCGACUCGACCGGUCACGUUCCCGUUCGAGGUUGAGUAUGAAAAUCUUGGUUAUUAUCCCCUACACGUCACCGUAUCUAACGACCUUGGAAAAACGGAAGUCGAGGACCUGAUAUCGGUUGAAGUUCCUAUCGUGUCCAUCUUACUGACGGUCAGUAACAUCACAAACAAGGACGACCCUGUCGUACUUGGAAUAGUCAUUAACAACGGAUAUGACGGUCCGGACAAGGUCACCUUUGAGAUCGACCAUGACGACGGUAAUAUUUUAGAGUAUACGUACAGGAGUCCGACCACAUACUUCACUCAGUACAACAACAGCUACGUGUACAAGGACUGGGGUAUAUACACAAUCUGUGUGUCGGCGUCCAACAGCAUCAGCCGAGUUUUCGACUGUACUCUGGUUCAGGUGGGCAAGAACAUCACAUACAUGGACCUGAAGACAACAACUACCGGCAGAGUCAGCACUAGUGAGUACGCCGAAAUCAACAUCACAUUGCUCACCGGAAGUGACAUAACGUACUACGUAGAUUUCGGGGAUGACCAUCCGUUCUUAUUCACCGACCGUGACCUAGUAUACACGAAAGAAACAGAAUCUGCCCAAGUAGUUAGACGAAAGCGUGACACUGGUGCAGUGCAGACAAGCUCGACUGCCAACAAUAAUUUCACCAUUAGCACAAUGGUACCGACUGUCAAUGAUAGUGUCACAAGUCCGGGUGACGGUGAAUCUUCGAUGUCCGUGUCUAAGGCAAAGUCGAUCGCUGUAAGUGAUUGCUCGUGCGUCGUCACAGUACGACACUUGUACUCGACGGUCGGUUACUAUGAGAUUAAGGCCAACAUAUCUAACGUGUUCUCCUCUGCCAGCGCUGUGCUCUGUCCCUACAUCAUUGUAGACGAUAGUGACGACACAAUGUGUGGCGACACCGCCAUAGAGAUGCCUGGCUACCACACGUCACAGGAACAGCCGUAUGUUCAUAUUAGAUCUACUGCAAUUGACAUCGAUGUUCAGGCACGGUCAACCAAUUGUGGUGGCAAUGGAUUCGAGUACACAUGGAAGGCUGUCGAGAUUUUCGAUAACCGAGAAGAACCAUAUACUGACUUGUGUAAACUGGAACAAAAUGACAAUGUCUUCACCAUACCGCCUCUUUCGCUCCACUUCGGACUGUACAAGCUGGUGGCUGUGGUAUCUCCUGUUGGAUUUAAACGUAAAGCCAAUCUAAAAGAAGUCUAUAUCCGAAUUGUACCGUCGAAUCCCAUUGCGACUUUCAAAGGCGACCCCGAAGAAACGUUUUUCUCGAACGGUAUACUCACCAUGGACUUCACAGAAUCGCACGACCCUGACCUCACAUCUAACAUCAGAGAAGGAGUUGAGUUCGACCUAAUCUGUUUCCAGAGGGAAGCUUACGAUGCAGUUGUCUCCAUGGACGUAAACGAUUUCCUAGAGGGCAACGUAACACAGCUGCUGAUCGAAGACGUCAUCUAUGAAUCUCAGACGAUGAACGCUUUGAGAAUUUAUCAGUAUGAAAAUUGCUUGACGGAUCUGGAAGGUUUCAAGGACACAAUACAAAUUUCCAACGGCAAGGUGACUACUUCUACCUCGUACUUCGUUGCCACAGAAACAGUGUUCUCGCUGAUAGCUUCAAAGGAGGAUCGCAUCGGUACCGCCAGUAAAUUAAUCCGCAUGGAGUACGACAACUUCGAGGAGCAGAUGAACAUGCUUGUGAACGCAGCCAAUCUGAAGGACACCGGAAAAGCUCUGGAUAUUGUAAACAAAAUCGGAGCCGGUGCCUCGAGAGGUAAUGAUUCAGAGGCACAAGAACAACAAGACCAGUUGAAGGAGUUGGCCUUGACUGUGGUGGCCGCCGUGACCAACUACGCUACUGACGCCGACCAGGUGAACAGAGUGAUCAGCACGUGUACGACGUUCACCGCCAGCAGGUCGACCGACACAGCGCGGGAAAAAGCUGCUGGUGCUAUAAACAACACAGGAGACCUAAUCAAGACAAAAUUCGCCAACCAGGACAACACAGCGCUGGAGGCAACACUAGGAGAUCAAGUAAAUACACUGAGUAACGUUGCGCCUACGGGUGAAGCAGAGAAAAAAGAGGAGAAAAAAGCACAACGUUGCAAGCGUCGAGCUAACCCUGAUGCCCCAGAUGAGGAUGUUGAGACUGCAACGAAAUAUGAUGCUUUAGUUAAGGCCGGGAACCUGAUACCGAAUGCCAUCCUACGAGACAUGUACGACUUUCUGUUUCACCACUACGCAGAGUUCAGGACAGCAGUACGAAAUCGAAUCGACCAUGUAAAAUUCCCGAAAGCUGUCCUCAAGGAAGAACCUGUUACACUCUUUAUGCGGUUGGGGCUGGAGUGGGAUCCCUUUGACAUUCAAAAUGUCAUUCUGGAUGCCUGUGAGAUUGAGUUAGAAUUGUCAAUUCAACGAACGAAGGCGGCGGACAAAAUGGUACAAGCCGGAAGUGCCGGAGCUGUGUUCUCCAUGUCUGGUCUUGUUCUGAAUAAUUUUGAAAAGGAGCGUUGCCGGCGUCGCCGUCGCCGUAGGAGUGGGACGAGUACAGCGGAAGACGAGGACCCUCUAGAAAUGAAGGUCUCAUCUGAUGGCAUUACUCUCAACAUUGGGAUGGGAGAGAAUCCAAGCGCGUUGACGAGUAAGGUUGCAAAGAAGAAAAGGAAGAAGGUGACAGUAGAUCCGUGUAGCGUACAUGACGCAGAAUAUGAUGCUGAACUUGCCGCUACGUCAACUACAAGCCCAGUGGGUGUAGUCACGCCCGCCAUUACAGGGACCAGUCCUGGAGCUACGGGGUCUCCGGUCACAGGUCAAAUUAUCACCGGAACUGGAACACCGGUCGAUGAACAUGGUGACGUCACUUAUGCAGAUGAAAUGGGCAAAUCAAAAUACACAACGCAACCAUCUGCUGAUGGUGGAGAAACAGUUUCCCACAGUUCAAGUGGCUCGGGCGAACAAACACAUACUGGGAGAACUGUUAGACAGACAGACACCGGGUUGAAUGGAGGGUCGAACACUGACACCGGUGGAGGUACAGGUGGCACCGACGGACAGACCGACAGUGGGUCAGAUGGAGGAACGAACACUGACUCUAGUAGAGGAACAGGAACGGACGGCGAGACAGUUACGGGUGGCACCGACGGACAGACCGACACUGGUUCGAGUGGAGGAACGGACAGCGGGUCGGAUGGUCAGAUUGGUACAGACAGUGGCACGGAAGAGGAACAAGACUUUACAGAGGAAUCUGGAACUGGAUCGGUGAAUGCUGUUAAUAAAAACAAUCCUUACACAUAUGGUUCCAAUUCUGGCCGAGUGACGUCAGAGGUGUCCUCACUGAACCUAGUGGACCCGGAAACUGGGGAACCCAUCAAGAUAGAGGAGUCGGAAGAAGAAAUUCCUAUUUUAAUAAAUUCGAAAUGCGAGGUCCCAGUAUAUAAUGCAACCAUUAGGCAAGUCCAAGGUGCACCCAAGGUCAGCCUCUACCACUCAAUCACCAUGGCUAAUAACGGAUCGUCCCUUCACUUCCGAAUAACUUCACGCGAGAACUGGGAAAUGACAAAAUUCCGCAUUUGCCUGGUGUAUAACGCCUCGACCGUCGACCCCCCUUGCAUUCACGAGGCUAGUAUGCCAUUGGGAGAGGAUGUGUUUCCCGAAAUACGGGAAACAAAUUAUACACAAUGGAUUCAACUAAGGAAUACCUACUUCCCUCCUCAAAAUUACACACCAACCAAUGGCGAGUUUACUGUGUCCGUCAGCCUUGAAAAGGGACACGUCGACUUCAGUGAGAGCCUCACAGAGGUGGUUUACGACUACCAACUGUGGACGUCAGGCUGUCUGUUCUGGGACGAAACGACGGAGUCCUUCAUUAGCAACGGCACAAGGGUGAGUAAUAUUACGACGCCAGAAGUGACAGUAUGCAUGACCAACCAUCUAACAUCUUUUGGAGGAGACUUUGCUGUUCCGCCAAACACCAUCGACUUUACUAACGUAUGGGCAAAGUUCAAGAACCUGAACGAAAACGCAGCUGUGUUUUCUACAGUGAUCUCCCUUAUGGGUUUAUACAUCAUUCUGCUGAUCUGGGCAAGGUACAAGGACAAGAAGGAUGUACAAAAGUGGGGAGCUUCACCGCUUGACGACAACCUCCCGACGGAUAACUACCAUUACCAAGUGACCGUUCAGACAGGGGUCCGCAAACUGGCAGCCACCAACUCAGAGGUCAGCUUUAUUCUAUCUGGAGAGGAGAGUGACACUGGUGUCCGGCGUUUGUACGACGGCCAGCGAAAGACGUUCGUUCGAGGUAGUAUAAUGAACUACAUUCUGAGCGUAGAAUCGUGCCUAGGACCUUUGAACUUCAUGAGGAUAUGGCAUGACAAUAAAGGGAAGGGUAAAAUGAGGUCCUGGUACCUGGACCAAGUGCAGAUCACAGACCUCCAGACCGGGGACAGGUACUUUUUCCUGUGUGACCGGUGGCUGGCUGUGGAGGAGGACGACGGGAUGGUAGAUAGAAUUUUGCCUGUUGCUGGUCUAGAGGAUCUAGCAGCAUUUAAACAACUGUUCUCGUCCUCAGUCAAGAAGAAGUUGACAAACGACCAUUUAUGGUUUUCCGUGUUCUCCCGCCCGACACGAAGUAACUUUACCCGGGUACAGCGAAUCUCGUGCUGUGUUUCCCUUCUCUUUAUGACCAUGAUUACCAACGCCAUGUGGUUCAAAUCUGAAGACAAGUCCUCUAACACAUCUGCCAUGAAAAUAGGACCGAUAUCCUUCACACUUCAGCAGCUCUUCGUUAGCUUUGCUAGCACCAUGAUAGUGUUUCCGGUGAAUUUCGUUCUGAUGACGUUUUUUCGGAAAUGUCGCCCAAGGAAAAAUGGUGUCAUGCAUAAAAACCAACAGGUCCCAAAAAGGGGCAAAUGGAAGAGUGUGUCUGCUUCGCAAUCGCAGACAUGGGGCCGUGUUCCUAUGAAAAGUCGGUGGCAGAGGUUCAAAGAAUCAAUUACAAACUUCAUCAACUUUCAGCGUCAUAAAUCUAAGUACCAAUCUGAACCCGAUCCAGAUGAAUGUGUUCGAGAAAUGAAAAUUGCUGGGAUACCAGACUCUGCUCAAAAGAAAAAGAAAAGGAAGAAGAAGCCUGGAACUCUACCUCAUUGGUGCAUAUACAUUGCAUGGGUUUUGUGUUUCUUUAGCAUCACGUCAUCCGGCUUCUUCACCAUUCUGUACAGUAUGGAGUGGGGACCAGAGAAGGCCAAUGAAUGGUUGACUACCUUCCUCAUGUCCUUUUUCCAAUCCGUUUUAGUCGUACAACCAAUCAAGGUGUUCGUCCUGGUCGCUUUUAUUGCCUGUAUCCUGAAGAAGCCUGAUCUAGAUGACGAAGAUCCCGGCGAAGAUCUUAAUAAUGUAAUAGCAGCCCACGACGAAGAGUUCACUGCAAAGAGCAAUACUGCUAUUGACGAAAUUGCACUGAGAAGAAAGGUUCAAAACAGUGAACUUAAACCGCCGGAUAUGAAAACGCUAGGAGAGCAACGACAGCUUCGAAUGAUGGAACUGAAAAUGGAAGAGGUUAUAAGGGAGAUAGGCAUAUAUGCAUUGUUUGUGCUAAUUCUCUUCUUCUUAUCCUACCAGACCCGAGAUUCUGAUUCCUUCCUGAUGGCUGACAAUCUCAAAAAUACCCUAGGUAGCGGAUUCGAGAAGAUUUCUACAGUGACCGAUUACUGGAAUUGGCUGGAGAAUAAACUGAUACCAAACUUGUACGCCACUCACUACGCCAACGGUACCGAAGUAAAACCCUGGUGGGACAAGCGGUGUAUAAAAGAUAUGGAAUCCCGUCGUGUUGGGCUACCACGUCUACGGCAACUAAGGGUCAAGGAAAACACUUGCGUUGUAAAUCCAGCGUUAUCCACGAUGAUCAAACACUGUCGUGAUGAAUAUGGCUGGACUGAUGACGAUGCAAAACACUAUCUCCCCGGCUGGAAAAAGCCUCCAGAGGAAAACAUCACGGCAUUAAAGGAGGAAAAGUCGCCAUGGGUGUAUCAGAACUCAGUUAAAUUGAAAAGUGCUCCCUACAUGGGCACUAUCUCAACUUAUAAGGGAGGUGGCUACGUUGCUCUCUUCGAACGCAAUGUCACAUGGACAAACCGGAUCAUUGAAAAGCUGAAGAAAGAUGUGUGGUUGGAUGUUUAUACUCGAGGCGUGUUCCUUGAAUUUGCUGUAUAUAAUCCUAACAUCAACUUGUUCAGUUCUGCCAUCCUGCUGACUGAGUUUGUAUCAUCUGGUGGAGCUGUAGCCAGGAUCGAAUUCAAGGUGUUCCGAUUGCUGAACUAUGUGGGAGCCUUCGGUAUUCUGGUCGUCAUAUUCCAAGUGAUCUACGCUUGCUUCAGUCUGUAUUUCUUCAUUCGUUGCAUCAAGAAAGUACGAAAAGAAAAGAUGAAGUACUUUGGCCGCUUCUGGAACCUGCUUGAAUUCAUUCUUUUGUGUUUCUGCAUUGCCGUCAUCGCAAUGUAUGCUUUCAAACAAAUUCUUUCUGAGUUAACGAUGCGAGCAUUAAAGGAUCCUGACAAGGCUGACUAUGUAAACUUCCAAUCCAUGGCUAUGUAUGAUGAGCUGUUCGGAUGGAUGAUGGCGUGUGUUGUGUUCUUGGCUACUGUCCAGUUCCUAAAACUGCUCCAGUUCAACAAGAAAAUGAACAUGCUUGGGGACACAAUCAAAGUAGCAACCAAAGAUCUGAAGGUUUUCUCGAUAGCCUUUGCGUUAUAUUUCUUCGCGUUUACAGCUUGUGGACAUCUUCUAUUUGGAACUUCUAUUCUUGCUUACGCCAGUUUGUUGGGUUCCGCUGAGUCAAUGUUCGCCUUCACCCUCGGAACCUUUGACUUUGCCGCCAUGGCUGACGUGAACAAGGUCCUCGGACCGCUCUUCUUCUUCACGUUUGUGGGUGUCGUGUAUGUGGGUCUAAUGAGUAUGUUCUUCACCAUUAUUGGCGAUGCAUUCACAGAGGUCAAGGCUAAUGUCGAACAAGGCACGAACGACUACGAGAUAGUUGGGUUCAUGUGGAAGAAAAUCAAGGGUGUGCUAGGAUUGACUUAGAUGUGUUGAUGUUAACAGUAAUUCUUAGGAUGGUUCACCACGUUUGAAACUUCUACUACUUAAAAUCUAUACUGCAUUACUUUUCAUAUUGGCGUAUCAGCACGUUACCUCGAGAUAUGUUUCAGUCUCGUUAUACAAACGAGUCACUUUCAGUACAUUUUGAUUGUUACAGACGACCCGGCUGAGUGAUAAGCUGGGGAAUAAGAAAAGUAAAUAAAAUUAUACGAAGAAGUACUAUUCUUUUUUCUAAUCCUGUUGUCGUUUAUAACACAAGACCGUAAAACUGAAAAAGUCAUUUAUACAUAAAAAUAAUGUACCUUCAUUCAAACCUACAAACACUAUACAAAAUGGAGGUAUUUUCAUUUAUAGAGUGAAAAUAUUGCUGAAAUUGUUAUCUUGUCAUGUGAAAAAGACACGAUUGCAAAAGUCAAGUUAGUGUAUAUAUAUUGCACUUUUAGCUUUAGAAUUAUGUUGAGAGUUCCGUACAGAAAUUGUAAAUAUACUGCAAAUCCUCUGCCAAUAUGUCUUUAACGUCCAUCGAAAACAUCAAUUUACAACUUGAUGGGGAGCAGAAUUUUACAAAACAUCACAAAAUAAUGAUUAUGUUUGUGUCAGUGAUAGAACUUUUUAAUUAGAAUUUUACCAAGAUUAUUUUCGGGCAACUUCAAAGUAUAUCAUCUCACCUCGUUGGAUCGACUUGCCACUUAUUAACCUCGUUAUAUGGCCAACAUACAAAACGCAAAUCGAAUUAUAUUGGUGAGCAAUCUAAUAAGAGUAAGCUAUUAGUAUAUCACGUGAUAAUUUCCUUUGCAUCCACAAAUGGCAAGCUGAUAUCACCCCUUGGGAUUAUCACGAUAAAUAGCCAGAGGUCAUACAUGCGAGAUUCCUAUCUCCGCAAAAUCAUAACAAAGCUUUAUUUCGACAUAAUCUUAAAAUAUGUCGACUGAUUCCUUCCUUGUUACCAGUGCAUGCAUCAACUAUAGUGUCUCUGUUAUUGUAUAUGCUCACAAGCACGUAAAUAUUGUGACUUUCCACAAAUUCAUACACCAAUAAAACUUCUGCUUUUUGGCAUUGUCGCAACAAUUUUUAAAAAGGCCCACAACAUUCAAAACUGUAUGGGAAUCUUACAAAUUUUGAAAUGGUAUUCACAGUUAAAUAUUAAAAUUGGCAUAUUUGAAGUAUAUUAAAUAUAUAUGUAUCAGGUAUUGAUCGUUUUCGCAAAUAAAAUGAAUCCAAUGGAAAUUGUAUCUUAUUACAAAUUAAAUAACUGUAAAUGUUACAUAGUAAGAAAUAAAGC